AUGGAGACCGCUACAACGCAAUCGUUUCAGCCCCGAACAUUCUCAAUCAAGCUGUGGCCGCCAAGCCAAGCAACAAGGGUUAUGCUCGUCGAACGGAUUGCCAAGAACCUAUCAACUGAGUCCAUUUUCUCUCGAAAGUAUGGCCUUCUCACUAAAGAAGAAGCCACCCUAGAUGCAAAGGAAAUAGAGGAAGCAGGUUUUGCUGCUGCCAACGAGCAUUAUGAGCGGGAACCUGAUGGUGAUGGGAGCUCGGCCGUGCAAUUGUACGCCAAGGAAACCAGCAAGCUAAUGCUGCAAAUCCUCAAGAGGGGCCCCAAACCCAAGAAGGCAGUUGUUGGUGAAGAGCCCGCGAUCCCUCUGCAAAAGGUUUUUGAUAUAUCUGGGGGCAAGCGGGCCUUCCUUGAUGCCCAGGAGGCGGAGGAGCUCCUCAAGCCCCUCGCAGAGGAGGGAAACGCCUACACAAGAAUCUGCUUCAGCAACCGGAGCUUUGGCCUUGAUGCCGCCCAUGUGGCAGGGCCCGUCCUAGAGUCACUGAAGGGUCAGUUGACUGAGGUGGACCUCUCGGACUUUGUGGCAGGCAGGCCAGAAGAGGAGGCCCUGGAUGUGAUGAGGGUCUUUUCUGCCGCCUUGGAGGGUACCGCCCUCAGAUACCUGAACCUCUCCGACAAUGCAUUGGGUGAGAAAGGUGUCCGGGCUUUUGCUUCCCUUUUGAGUUCACAGGGCGAGUUGGAGGAGCUCUACCUGAUGAACGACGGGAUCUCCGAGGAGGCUGCCAGGGCUGUGGCAGAGCUUGUGCCCUCCACUGAGAAGCUGAAGGUUCUCCACUUUCACAACAACAUGACUGGUGAUGAGGGCGCUGUGGCCAUCUCUGAAAUCCUCCGCCGGAGCCCUGUCUUGGAGGACUUCCGCUGCUCCUCCACAAGGGUAGACUCCGAGGGUGGGAUUGCCCUGGCAGAGGCACUGGAGACCUGCACCCGUCUGAGGAAAUUCGAUCUCCGGGACAAUAUGUUUGGUGUUGAUGCUGGUAAAGCCCUCAGCCAAACCCUUGAGAAGCUCCCCGCCAUCACAGAGCUGUACCUCAGCUAUCUGAAUCUGGAAGAUGAGGGGGCUGUGGCCGUCUGCAAGGCCCUAGAGGGCUCUAACCUGCCUCUUACGGUGCUGGAGAUGGCUGGGAACGACAUCACUGCGGCGGCCGUCCCAGUGCUCUGCUCCUGCAUCUCUUCAAAGCAGUCAAUUGUGAAGCUUAACCUCUCAGAGAACGAAAUCAAGGAUGGCGGUGCGGUCCUUAUUGGGAAGGCACUGGAGUCAGGGCAUCCCCAGCUGAGAGAGCUUGACAUGAGCAGCAACUCCAUCGGGCGGGCUGGCGCUAGGUGCCUGGCACGGGCGGUGGCGGCCAGCAACAAGCUGGAGUUCUCCCUGUUGAACAUAAACGGGAACGCCAUAUCCGAGGAAGGGAUCGACGAAGUGAGGGAGAUCCUGAAAUCUGGUAAGAACUCUGUGUCUGUGCUCGGGCCACUGGACGAGAACGAUGCCGAAGGGGAGGGCGAGGAAGAGGAGGCUGAAGAAGGAGGCGAUGAGGGGGAGCUGGAAUCAAAGCUUCACCAGCUCAAUGUUGAACAGUGA